AUGUCACAAGCAGAUUGCCAUGCGGAGCAGCUGGAUGAAGUGGAAGCGUUGCAAGCCAUCUUUCCAGAGGAGAUAGAGCUGACCAGCGAUGAUGCAGGGCAGGUCGAGCUCUCCCUGCUGGUGAGUCCAGAUUUGCGGGGUGAGCUUGGCGACUCUCCUUUGUUCCUACGAGCUGCAUAUCUGCCAGAUGACGCGGACGGCAGAGGUUAUAACCUGCAGUCUCGCGCAGCAGCUGUCCCGGUCCCGGUCCCGGCUCCGGCGGCCAACGUAGUCCCCGGCGACACAGCGAAGCCACGGCUCAACCGUUCUGUCAGUGGCUUCGCGGAAGUUGAGGUACAACACUUGCCACCCGUUCAGCUUCAGCUGAAGCUGCCCGCCGGCUACCCGUCUUCUGAACCACCUGACUUUCGCUUGUCUUGCUCUUGGAUGGACUUGGACAGCCUAUCGGCGUUCUGUAGAAGCUUGGAUGACCAAUGGGAGCAAGCAAAAGGGUCUGCGAUCAUCUACACCUGGGUUGAUGUCUUGCGACAGGAAGUGCUGGAGCUCAUCCUGAAGAGUCGGGGAGCAUUGGAGGGAAAGGUUUCUAUGACACUGAAGGCUAUUGACGGAUUGCCAGCUUCUGAUCCACGGGCCGAGUCCAACUGCUCGGACCCCGUCCAGACUUUGUUGGAUUUGCUCAUGUACGAUAAGGGGAAGAGGUUGGACAUCUGGAGUCAACAGCAGCAUGUCUGUAACGUGUGCUUCUGCGAGCAUCCUGGUUCUCACUUCGUACACUUGGGCGGUUGCAACCAUGCAUUCUGCAAGACUUGCGUCAAAACAAUGGCGGAGAUCCAUGUGAAUGAAGGCAGCAUUGCUGACUUGGUGUGUCCGGAGACAGGCUGCCGAGCCGAGAUCGCGCCCAGUGCCUUGAUGCAAGUCUUGGAUGAGCCGGGCUAUGAGAGGUGGCAGACCCUGAAGCUUCGACGAGCUCUGACAACUGCGAAUUUGGUGCUCUGUCCGCGCUGUGAAGAGAUGGGCAUGGAAACGCCAGUCUUGCCGGAUCCGGUAUCUGAUUCAGAUCAAGUGGCUUCACUUCCCCCCGUGGCCAGAUGUGGCCGUUGCGAGUAUGUCUUCUGUGCUACGUGCUUAUCCUUGUACCACGGGACAGAGCCAUGUCUGGCACCAGAGGAGAGGGCACAACAAGCGGCAAUGCGUCGGCUCGGAACUGCCCAGAGUGUGGCAGAAAAGCGAAAGCUCAAACGUGAGGCACAGAAGGGAUAUCUGGUCUGUAUUGACGUAGGCGAGGACAUGCUGCCUGUCGAUGCAGCUGGCCACAUCACCGAGGACUGCGAGCCGAACGUCGCAGAAGGCGACAAGGUUAUCGCCGUACACACUGGAGUCCCAGACAAAAUCACUGGCCGAGCUUUGUGGGAUGCCAAGUUCGACAACAUAUGCAAAGGGAGCAGAAAGUCUUGGCGGGUUGUGACAGCUGAGAGUAGGCCGAUCAGCAUCCGUUUGGUUCGCACACGGGCUGAUGCUGCGAUGGAGCGGCGGCGCCAGCGCCGCCUGAUGGAAGAGCUGCUGACAUUGCGAGAAAUCGCCCGAGAGUCACAGCCUUGUCCUGUUUGCAAAGUGCGCGUGCACCGCACUGACCCCUAUGCCCAUUUCAAGACAGGAAAAUGUACAACCUUCGAUGAUGAAGAGGCAAUCUUAACCACAUUCGAUGUGGCAUGUGCCGAAAUUCCUUUUGCGGACAUUGCAGACGUCGAAUACAGGGCGUCAUUUCACACCAUUACCGUGGUGAGAACGCCUGCCCGCAGCAUUUCCGUGUCGAGUAGUUACGAGUUGCCGGCAUCUCCAAAGGAGCCAGCCAGGGCCAAGCCAACGCUGCGUCUGACGUGUAGGUCAGUCGCCAAGCUUCCAAGGGCGUGCCAGUGGUGCGGCGGCCUUGAGCCGUCCAGUGUGGAACGGUCUCAGCAUCCACCGAGCCAGCGCAAUGGGGCCUCGGCUCAGAAGGACGUGCUCGAUGCUGCAUUUCCAGGGGCUAGCAGCAAGAUGGGAGCUUCAGACCAGGACGACCCCAGCGGGCGACGAUCCUUUCUAGCGGAGCCGGAAAGGCAAGAG